AAUCUCAAACACUGAUCUUCGGCUGGCCCUAAUUACUUAGACCCACUCAUCAUCUCCUCCUCACACCAAACAAAGAAAAAAAAAAAACUUGCUUUUUUUUUGGAUUGAUCCAUAACUAAUUAUAUCCAAAACCAUAGCUUUCUUGAUCAUUAGUUUCAUCAGACAAAUGGGUUCUCAUCAUCACAAACAGGAUGGCUUUACAAGCGCAUUAAUCUUCAUUUUGAUCAUCGCCAUCUCGUUGGGUUCGGGUUUUGCGAGGGUUUUAGAGGGAGAUCACGAGCAAUGGGUGCAGGGUCAUGAAGAAAGUAAGAAGGGAUUAAUGAUGCUUCAGUCGCUGCAGCGCGGCCCCGUGCCGCCGUCGGGUAAGUCGCCAUGCACGUACAUCCCCGGGCGAAACAGCGGCCACUGUACCUUAAAUGGGAGAAACUUUGCCGGCCAUGGCGCCGCCCAUGCGCCGCCGGCGUUUCCGGAGUUCGUCGUGGAGGUUGGGGUGGCUUCGGCAGCGAACGGGAGCACUGACCGUGGGAAACAAGACUCCAGUUCAUGAUCCAUUGGGAGUAACAUUAAUAAAUGCCAUGUGAAUAUAAUUAUACGUAUGCAUACAUACCAGCUGGGAGCGGCUUCGGAUUGACUAUUUAUUUAUUUAUUUAUUUUAGAAAAUACUGCAGACAAAUAUUGCAGAUUAUAAAUUAGGGAAGGAGAUAGAUGAAAUAGAUUGUGUAAUAAAUAAUCUUUAAUUAGCUCUCCAUUUGACAAAGAAAA